AAAAGAUUUGCCUUAUGAUUUUCACUAUUCAUUUUGCCUGAGUGUAGGAUAAUGUAUAUAAAAUAUUAUCUGGCAUCGCUGACAGUAACAAAAACAAUAAACACACGAAUAUUUUGUAUUGAUUGUCCACAAGAACGGCAAAGAGCGAUCACGGUCCAUUUUUCUUCUCGUUGGUAAGACUGUCGUUUUCGUAUUUUUUCUCAGAAAAAUGAAAUCCGACCAGGUACAGGAUGUGAUGCCAAAAGAGGAAAAGCAAUCAAAUGAUUGUAUCACGUUAACGAACGAUCUUCCGAAACAAUAUAAAUGUCUGAUUUGUGAGAAAACAUUUGCUAGGAAGUAUAUACUCAACUAUCACUUCUUAUUGCAUGACGGCAAGCGCCCAUUCAGUUGUGAUAUUUGUGGAAAAAGCUUUGCUUUGAAGAACUACAUGAACAAACAUAUGAACGUCCAUACAAAGGACAUAACGCGCAUGUGUGAUGUAUGUGGCAAAGAAUUUCGGGACAAGCAUUCAUUGAAGGUUCACAAAAAUAUUCAUACUGGUGAGCGACCGUACAAAUGCACUGUAUGUGGUAAAAGUUUUGUCACCAAGAUUGAGCUAGGCUUACACAUGCCAGUGCACAUGGGAAAUUAUAGGUAUAAGUGUGAUGUGUGCGGCAAAGGAUUCACGCAAAGAUCGCGUUUGAAAGACCAUGAAAACAGUCAUACAGGAGAGCGCCCGUAUAAAUGCAGUGUAUGCGGAAAAGAUUUCGGCACCAGAUCUGUUCUAACCGGUCACAUGUCAAUUCACACGGGUAAUCAACAUCAAUGUGAAGUUUGCGGCAAAGAAUACGCUAGUAAAUUGAAUUUGAAAUUGCACAAACGCAUUCAUGCAUCUUUACUAAUCGAAGCAACAGACCAAGAACGCUUCAUUCUAGCCAAACAGAAGAGUAUAACAAACGAAUCCACAAAACUUGAUGUCAAUGACAAGGUAAAUGAACUAGCCAAAACCAAUGACAACAGCGAUGCAUUUGAUUUACAACCAAAUUUAUACGAUUCUUCUAGUUGCAAUCGAAGUGAAAUGAUAUCCUGUCAUAUACAGGAUGUUAUACCAAACAAGGAGCAACUAUCAACUAGCUCAGUAACUUCUUUCACACAGGAAACCAAUAUUCCAAAACAAUUCAAAUGCCAGAUUUGUGAUGAACAAUUUUCUGACGAGGACUGUCUACAUAAGCACGUCUUAUCGCAUGGGAAAGCGACAAGAAUAAGUUGUCAUAUUUGCAGAAAAAGUUAUUCUUCUACGUCAAAUUUAAGCAGACAUAUGAUCGCCCAUACCGUUGACAAACCCUUUAACAUGUGAUGUAUGCGGCAAAGGAUUUCGUGACAACCAAGCAUUGAAGUGCCACAACAAUAUUCACACCGGAGAGCGUCAGUACAAAUGCACUGUGUGCGGAAAAGAGUUCCAUGCUCAAACGAAUUUUUCCCAACACAUGCGCCUUUAUGAAGACAAGCACAAGUGCACGGAAUGUGGCAAAACUUACCUCUAACGCUCUACUAAGCAUACACGUGUCUUCACACACCGGACAUAUACGAAGCUAGUGGCAAUGAAUACAGGACUAAAUUUAACUUGAAAUCGCACAAACGAUUGAUGUUCUCACCUUCACAUAAAAUACAUUCAUAUUAUUUCUAUUUGUUGUUGCCAAGACUGUCAUCAGAAAUAAAAUACACUGAUAAAAAUCGACACGUUGGACUGAUGGGUUUCACACUCAAAUUCGUCGCAUUUGAUUCGACACUUUAAUUGCAAGUGUAAGUCUCUUCAAAUCUGAUUCAAAUCGAACAAUAUUAGGUUUCUAUUGAUAAUACACUUGAAUUCCAUCAAACAAACAGCAGAUUUAUUUCAAAUGUAUGACACUUAGUGUUCAAUUCGCUCGAUACCUUCAUUCGAAC